AUGCGCAGAACAGUCACCAGCCAGCAUGCAGUCAUGAGCAGGGCCGCAGGAGCGACAGGACAGGUGGCCUCGCGCUCGUUGAAGUGCGCCAUGCCCGCCCUGCAACAGCAGCCGCAGCGCUACUUGGCCACCAGCACCUCAAGGCCCAGCAUUCCCACCACCAUGCGGGCUGCCGUGGUGGAGAAGUUCGGCGCGCCUCUCGUCAUCAAGAACGUCCCAGUCCCCACACCUGGCAAGGACGAAGUUCUCAUCAAGGUGCAUGCGUGCGGUGUGUGCCACACGGACCUCCAUGCGGCCGACGGCGAUUGGCCAGUGAAGCCCAUUCUGCCGCUCAUUCCCGGCCACGAGGGCGUGGGUGAGGUGGUGGCCGUCGGCUCCGGCGUGGAGCGCCUGAAGGUGGGCGACCGCGUGGGCGUGCCGUGGCUCCACAGCGCCUGCGGCUACUGCGAGCACUGCCUCGGCGGCUGGGAGACCCUGUGCCACUCCCAGCAGAACACCGGCUACUCGGUCCACGGCGCCUACGCCGAGUACACCGUCGCGCCGGCCAACUACGUGGGCGUCCUUCCCGAUGCGCUGUCCUACGUCGAGGCCGCGCCCAUCCUCUGCGCCGGCGUCACCACCUACAAAGGACUCAAGGAGACGGGCACGCGGCCUGGGCAGUGGUGCGUUGUGUUUGGCGCCGGCGGCCUGGGGCACGUGGGCCUGCAGUACGCCAAGGCCAUGGGCUUCAACACGAUCGCGAUCGACAUCAGCGACCAGGCGCUCGCGCUCGCCAAGGAACUCGGCGCCGACAUGACCAUCAACGCCGCCAAGCAGGACCCGGGCCAGGUCGUGUGGAAGGAAGUUGGCGGCGCCCACGGCUGCCUGGUCACCGCCGUCGCACCCAAGGCCUUCCAGCAAGCAGUGUCGACUGUGCGACGUGGAGGCACGGUGGCGCUGGUGGGACUGCCGCCUUCGACCUUCCCGCUCGACAUCUUCAACGUCGUGCUCAACAGGAUCACUGUUCGGGGCUCCAUCGUGGGCACCAGGCUGGAUCUGCAGGAGUGCCUGGACAUCGCGGCCAGGGGCAAGAUCAGGGCGCGCAUCGAGACCCAGCCGCUCGAUAACAUCAAUGCCAUCUUUGAGAAGAUGAAGAAGGGCAAGCUUGAGGGCAGGGUCGUGCUCAGCCCGCUCUAG